AUGACCUCGAGGUCGAGAAGGACAGCUUUCGUGGAGAUAAGCAUCAUCUCCGACCGCCCGGGGAGGUGAAAGCGAAGCCGUUUUCACUCGGAAACCUUCCCUUUCCAUCCGUUGGACUUUGAAAUGUUUCUGUUAGACUCUUCUUGCAGAAUAGUUCUGGAUGGAUCAGAGAUGAGCUUGAAACAUUUUUCCGGUUCUGCACUUUGAAGACGGACUUUGUCCUAUCUGAAGUCAUUAAUACAGUAUUUCGGAAAUUGAGUAAUGAUAACCGGACGUUUUUGAGCAGUUCUAGGGGCCACUUGAGUGUUGAAGCUACUAAAGUGGUCACUAGGAUGGCCCCGACACGUGCGGUUCACAUCACCAAAGGAGAGAUUGAUUUGGGAAAAAAAAUCUUGCUUUACAAAAAAUAUUUUCGAAAUUCGAUGUUCUUGAAGCAAAAAAGGGCUAUUUCAUCCUACUGCAGCCAGAAAAAAAGCUUUACAAAACUUCCAACUCCUUUCAGAAAAAGAGCUUUUCUGAAAAAUGAUCGCUCAGAACUUUUUCACAAGUUGUCGAUGAUCAGGAGCGUACCAAAAGAGGAAAAAGGGCUGAAAACGAGUCGACGGUCACGCCCACCGGAGGCUUCUCCAACGACAGAAUGGCUGCAGAUCCUUCCGACGAUAGCUUUUACCUCAGCCCACCGGCAGCCGACUCAUCUUCCCCUCCAACAUCGAUUUCUCUCCCCACUUUCCCUUGUUUCAACAACUAUAAAAGCUCGAAAUCAUUGUAUUUUUUUCAGCUUCAAAAUUCAGCGGACUGAAGCUUUGAGGUCAUGAAAAUUGCCUAACCGGUAAUGAAAGCCCAAAAACGUGAAUCUUCCCAGGAGCAUUCUCAGCUUUGAAAAACGUCUCGUUUUCAAUUUUUGACAUAUUCAAAGUGUGAUAAAAAAAAAGUAAUUUGCCUCGCUUUUCUUGAAUUUCGAAGCACCGGUCAUUGGAAAAACUGGUCAACAUAUUUUGAAACAACUUUUUGGAUUCAGAAGCCGUUCAGAUUUCAUCUUACCAUUAGAAUCCAAUGAUAAAUUAUGAAUUCUCAAGUAUCCAACCUAAAACUGUUGCCAAAAAAGCUUUUCAUGAUUUUUUGAUAUCCUGUAGCCCAAUAGAGCUUAAAAGAACCUUUUUUGAUAAUCGAUUACUUUCCAAGUUAUCCUACGUUUCAAACCAAUAACAAAUGAAUAACCGGUAUUGUGAUGAUAAUUCCUCCACGGUUACUUCCACUUAAAUCUUCCAAAAACUUUGUGCUUUUCCAUGCAUUCCGAAGCUGCUCAAAAGGAAUUCAAAAAAAGUGUGAUUUGGCUCAUUUUCCAGAGGGUUUUUUUGUUUUGAACAACUUCAUACAGGGUUGAUUUUUUUUUAAACGCUUUUUUUCCCUCCAAUUUUUUUAAAUCGAUUUUCUGCCCCUUUUUCUCGAACAAUUAUUGGUCGAUUUCUUAUAAGCUUCAGAUGAACCUUCUCAUUUUAGUAGGGAUGGUCGAAAAAGGUUAAAAAAAACCUCUGCACAAAUGUUCUCUUUAUGGUGACAAAGGUUCCUUUUUUGGUACCUUUUUGCGCCAUUUCAUGGGCCCUUAUGUACCAUCUUUGCUGCCUCUCCCUCAUCCCACCAUUUUUUGAGCCUUUAAAAGUCUAGAAAAAAUGGAAGGCUCGAUGAAAGGACUCUUUUUGCUUCCUUUCUGCUGCUUUUCUGCGGCCUUUUUCUGCCUUUCUGCCGGAUUUUUUGAGCCUCCCCCUUUUAACGACCAUUAUCCACUCUUCCGACUUUGCCCGAGUUAUGGCGGCCUUCACUUGCAACUUCUUCUACGUUGUCUCAAAAAAUCUUAUACUUUCUGUUUUACGGUCUUCUUGAGCCCAAAAAACUUCCAGAAGACGAUGGACAUCGGCACGAUAACGGUGUCGCGGCUCUUCGCCAUGUACACUUCGAACUUGCUCUGGUCGCUUUUCCUCACUUCUACAGCCAUUCACGCCGUCGCUCUAAUCACUAGUCCAAUGUUAGUUUGUUAAAUAUCUGAAUAUAGACAUAAAUUGGAAAUUUUUCAGUCAAGCAGUCCACAAAUGGGUCCGAAGGCAGAGCAGCGACAGCGACACGCCGAUCCCCUACCUUUGCGCGGUUAUUGGGUGAGCACACCUUCUCUUAUCUUUUUUUACCUUACUUUUUGUAAAAUUCCUCCAACGAGGAAGGUCAUUUCACUUUGCGGUCUCUUUAAAACUAGCCAAAACGCUCUUUGAAAUGCCAGAUAAAGAUUCUGGAAGUCUCAACCUGCACAACUUCCUAGUUUUCCAGAAAUAACGAUCUAAAGCCGCAAAAUCGUUCAUUUUAAUGGAUUUUGAGGUUUUGCAGGUUGAGGUUUUCAGGAUGUUCUUCUGGUACAUCAAGAAGACCAAUUUUUCGGAAAAUCGGAACCGCAAAUUAAAAUAACGUUCCUUGUUAGGAAAUUCCCGAAAGUAGGUCUGAAUACUCCUUGAUGUGUCAGAUAAAAAUUCUGAAAGCCUCAACCUCAAACUAUUUUUUAAAAAAGGCCACCUGAAAGUGUUCAAAACGCAUUUCAGGUCUUUUUCUGAAGAAUCUGGUUGAGACUUUCAGAAUCUUCUUGUGGUUUUUCGAGAAUUGUUAUGACCAUUUUUCAUAAAGUUCCGUUCCGAAACCACAAUGUAAAAUGACCUUUCUUAUAAACUAGUGUUUCAUUUGGAUUUUGGUCCCCGAGAAAAGAAAUUCAUUUUAUUUAAUUAUUAAACUCUUACGAAAGGUUUGGAUAGUGAAAUUACAUAGUUAGAGCUCUCUAUUUGCAGUCUCUUAAUGAAUUAUUUGGUAAUUUCGAGCAAAAAUAUCGCGCUAGAAUCAAUCCAAAAUGCCAUUUUGUGUAAGAACCGCUCUUUUUUCAAAUUACUGAUCAUGAGAAUUCCGUUAAAAGUUAGGCGCAAAUUAAACAUUUUUCAUUGACAUCUCUGUUUCCAACCUUUCAGGUCACCUUUUCGCUAUCCUACCUACAAUUCCGUGAUCUAUGAAAAAAAAAACGGCUUUUCUUCAAUUUUCCAGUGAUUUUUGGGAACCUUAGCUUGCGAUGAGUCAACUUUAAUUACCCAGAAUCUGACAUAUUUUUUCAAAAAUUUUUCACGAGUUCUAAACUUUCAAGGUCGUCCCUAUGGCUCCGCUACUCGAUGUUCCUUCAAGACACCAAACUGAUCCUCCUUCAAACUUACGCCGUUUUCAUGCAAGCCUCCUUCGUCGCCAUGCUGGUUUUCUACCGUUCAAAGAAGGUUUCUUUUUCAAAGUGCUUGUUUUUUACAGUACUUGAAUUGAUAUUAUUCAGAAAAAAAGAAUCGACUGACUUAACUUUGAUUGACAGAUAUUCAGACUCAAAGGAGGCUUCUGCGAGUUGUAAGCUUGAUAAUUCUCGGGCUUUUCUCGCUUUUCUACUAUAUUCAAAGGCUAAACGAGGAUGAUGGGAAGGAGGUUCGGUUUUGAAGGUUUUCAAUUAAAAUAUGAGAAACUAAUGAACAAAAACUUUUUGAAGAGAGAAAGCCUUAAAAUCAUGAAUUUUUUUUUGAAGCACUAGUAAAAAAAUUAAUUUUAAUAAGUUAAAAAAACAGUUCUCAACAAGUUGAAACAAAUUAUUGACUCGCGAUUUUUUUCGAAUUUUUUUAUUCAAUUAAUUAAAAAUAAAAUGUUCAGCUAACUGGAAGAAUCGCCUCUGGAGCUCAAAUAGCGGGUUCUCUAGUAUGUCCCUAUCUUAUUGUAAGUGCAAUACUCAAAAUAAAUAAUACUUCCUACUGAAAAUACAAAACUGAAAAACUUACAGUACAAAGCCGUGACUUCGGGAUGCAUCGAUUUCGUUCCCCUGGCCCCUGUCGUCUUCACCUGGUUUAUGGAGUUCCAUGCCAUCGUUUACAGUAUCGGAAUCGACGACUUUUACAUGCUCGUAAGAUUUAUUGGCUUCUAAAAAUGAAAGCGGAGAGGAUAUGAGAUUAUUAAAAAAAAAAAAACUUCGUUCAUGACGAAAAAUCCGUUAUAAAAAAAUAAAUUUAAGGGCCUUUUUUUCGACUCCAUCCUUGUUUGACAAUAACUUAUCAAUCAAAAAUCAUAUUGAUAUCAAUCAAAAAGAGAAAAUACAAAAAAUCAAAAAAGUUUGCGAAAAAUUAUUUCUCAUAACAGCUGCGCUCCACCGCACUCUUGGCGGGAGUUCAAACCUUAAUUUUUUUUUUCCAUUUUCAGCUGGCGAACACGAUAUUUUUCUGCAUGGAUGGCUCACUUCUUUCCAUGUUUUUCAUUUUCCCAACGGAGAAGAAAGCGUGA